CAGCAUUUGAUAAAGAUGGGAAAGUAAUUACACUGACACGAGAUCAAAAACACAACAUACUUGAGACAAUGGGGGAAGAAAUCUACAAACUAAAAGCAUACCCUAGUACAACACAAAUUGGCAAGGCUGCAGAAGCUUUAGUUAGAAAACAUCCCUGUCUGAAAGAGAGGAAUUCUGACACUGGGUGGGAAGGGUGGAAGAAUAGACUGAGACAUAAAAUGGGAAACCAAAGAAAGAAGUUGGCUAAAGCUGGCAUCAUGGAUGUUGCUGUGAAUGCUGGAAAGCACAGCAGAACAAACCCAGAUGGAGCUUCACCAAGGGCCAACAUUAAAAGACCUAGGAGAGGUGAGGUCAACUUCCUUCCUUCUUAUCCUUCUGGAGAAACAAGGGAGUCUCUGGAAACCAGAAGACUUGAGAUGGUAGAAGAGUUCAAGAAGACCUCAGCAGAAAGAGACAUCCCUCUCAUUCAUCAGCAUAUGAUGCGCACUUUUGCACUCCGGCGUGAAGAGAUUGUCACAACUUCUCCUCCUGUAUCAGAGCUCAAGGACAGAUGGCCAGCACUCUUUCAUGAGACACAGCUCUACUUUGAAUUUCAUCGGAUCACCAAUCAGAAUCUGCCACAUGUGUUUUAUGCUGCACUGGAUGAUUAUGCUCCUCAGCUGAUUGGACUAUACAAAAAGAGGAAAACUGGACGGGUCGGUGAAAGGAUGGAGCAGCUUUUGUUGGCAUAUGGAAAACAGGACAAAAACGAUAUCUAUGCAACUAGAACAGCAGCUCUGGCCGGCCUACCAAUGUACCUCAAGGAGGAUUCUUCAGAGAUUUUCAAAACAUGCAAGGAUGAAAUUGAGUUCUAUGAAGCCACAAUUGCUCUGGUUGCUGAUGUCGAUGAAGAGGAGGUGCCUGGAGGAGUUCCUUUCUCACCACGCCAAGUGUUCAUAGUACUUGAAGAUCAGGUUGUUAUGACUCAUCACUCAUGGACUGAUGCACUGGUGUGUUUGUUUGGGCUAAUCUAUGCUCUGCAUCUGAGCUAUCCUGAGAAGUGUACUGGCUUUUUUGAGUUCAUUCAAGUAGUGUUGCUGAAGCUAGACGAUGAGAGAAAGCAACUAAAACCAAAAUUGCAGACACUAAAAAAUGAGCUUGUGUAGAUGAUGUUUGUUUUUCACUGGUCAGUAUAUUUCUGCUUUUUCAGUUAUCUGUGAAUGGCUUCAAUAGUUUUAUUUGUUCAGGGUAAUUAGCUUUCUAAAAGGCAAUGUGGAGAAAGCUAAGAAUAAGGAGACAAUCCAUAUUUGACGUUUUGUUUGUGAUUGAAAAAAAUCUUCACAUAGUGUAUAAUCUUAAGCUUAUUUCUAAGAAUAUAUUUUAGUUACAUGGAAAUCUUUGGCUCCUUGUGUUUUGGCUUUAGCAGUCAUAGUUUAUGACUGAAAGUAUGGUUGUAUUCAUUCUGUAUUUUCUCUGCAGUUAAAGUUAAUAAAAACUGAAUGGAAAGAA